AUAUGCGGGAGUAUUUCCGUCUAUGGGUCAAAAAUCCACGGGAAUAUGACUCACUGAUCACUAGGUAGACACAGCAAGCUUCGCGAUCGAAUUGCGUACAAGCUGCUCAUACAGUCUUGACUCAUUGAUAAGCUGAUAUUCUCCUGAUGUCGUUCAAAAGAUUUAUAUGCACAGUUUGGCCAAUGAUUUAAAAAUACCUAGGUACAAAUGCAGCAGUAAGUUGAUCACCUGGCUACUGUUGAAUCCGUACGUAACAAGGUUGCAGAAGGCACCACUUAAGGACACAGCAACAUAUCUGUGCAAACAAGCUUAAGGGGAAUUAUACUGAUUCCUCUUCAUACCCACUCACUUUAUUCACAAUGACUCUCAUCCCCUUACAUCUUGAAUUUCUCGACGAUGACAGUCCCUGGGACAUAGGUGUGCACCUCUUCAACGUCUUCAACAACCUUGUUCAACCCUCAGCUUCGCAAAUCUCCCCACGCGAAGCUGCCGAGAAAAUCAACAUGCUUCACCCAGAUAAUGAGAAGGAGGAUGGUUUGUAUCGCGAAGACACGGGAUCGUUUUUCCUCGAGUUGGACGAUAUGCAUGUUAAGUUUGCAUCACAGGUCCCGUAUCAAAGACCAGAGAUGGAUAGAUUAGUUGAACUAUUUUUCGAGAUUCGAAGCUACCCUUGUUCAUAGGGAGCGGAUUGGGUCCAGCCACCAUUGAGGAGUGGUCUCGUGAGUAAAUUUUUGUUUCUAUUACAUUCCCGAAAUUUAAGACUCGAUCGGAACUACGAUCAUUACUAGUACAAGACUGACAGGUAUGUAGAUUACGACGUGCGGGCUAUAACAGUCCGGAAGGAUCAAAACGAGAAGCUCUUCAAAUUUCGAAACUUAUCGAGUUUUCUGGCGCGGUUGGCGAAGGCUGGGUUUGAGGACAGUAAUAUGUUGUAUGCACUGACUGCAUUGCAAAAUGCAUUGGAGUAUGAAUUUGAAGCUUCUGACGCAUCCCAUGUGCUUUCGAGCGACUAUCUCGUACCGAUAGCAGCGGGGUGGAUCAUCAAGGCUGGGGAGUUAAUGCCAUUGAAUGGAGGAAAUAUGGGUGGCUAUGCUAGCCUAGGAGGACCGCUGUGGAAGGGUGAGCCUAAGCUUUUGUUAGAGCGGUGGCAUUUUUGGAUGCGGAGAUUUGAAGUUUUUGGUGACUGUGAGGCGCUGAUGGAGGAGACCAGGAAUAUGGCAAAAGAGGCAGUGGAGAAGAUGAAGUGCAUCGAAGAGCAGAAAUCUAAGAUUAAGGACAAUCAAACGGUUUCGGUGAUGGAUAAUUAAAAUAGAAAUAGUCCUCAGUACCUAUUAAAACACAU